AUGGCUGAUAUCACAUACCUGCCUCUCCCACUAGUCACACCACACUUCACCCACUGCCACUGCCGCCAGGGGCAGCAUACUAACACAUGGGCCAUGGACAUCACGUCCCUCUUUGCUGCCAUGCAGCAACAUGAUCAGCUUGCCACCAUGUCAUUUCUCAAUCUUACCACCUUUCUCCGGUGUACCAGCCUUCUCAAGGAUGAUAUUCUACAACCACAGCCACACACUGUCUCUGUCCUUGUUGCACCCAACAUACUGCCACCAUCUAUCAAUAAAUUUCUGGCUGAAAGGGUUAAUAUCUCCGAGGAUGCUGUUGAUGUCCUAUGA